AUGGCGGCGGACGAGGGCGGCUUGCUGCUCCGCCCGUUCAAGCUGGUCGCGCUGCUCUGCGCCUUCAUCUCGCUCGCCCUGGACGUGGCGGCCCUACUCAGCCCCGCCUGGGUCACGUCGGAACGCUACUCGCUUUCCCUCUGGGAGAGUUGUAGGCAAGCCCAGGACGUCUGGGAGUGCCUCUCCACGCUCCAGACUGACUGGCAAGUAGCUACUCUGGUUUUAAUCCUGACUGCAGCCACCGUCACCCUGUUGUCAUUCCUUAUGUCACUAAUUUCCUUCUGCCUGGGUACCUACAAACGCUAUUACCGAGUGGUUGCUGUCCUCCUUUUCACAGCAGUGGUUCUGCAAGUCUGCGCCUUGAUUCUCUACCCCAUCAAAUUCAUCGACAGUAGCUUACUGAAGAGCUACCACGAGUUCAACUGGGGCUACGGGUUGGGUUGGGGCUCCUCUAUCUUCAUGCUGGGGGCAGCCAUCCUUUACUGCCUGCGCACAGACGUGUACGACGAUGCGUACUACUGAGGCAAUGCAGAGGUAGCUGGACUGGAUGAUCCGACGGAUGGGACCAGAUGGUAGAAGGAGAGCGAUGAAGUGGAGAAGCGGCGAAUUUCCCCGGGGAUUCUUGACACCCUUGGUCCUUCCGGAUGCACCCUUCCACCAUGGCAAGACACGCUGGCCAAGCCCUUGAAAAUGAAGGACAUGAAAGAUCUUGGGUUGGACGCUCUUCAAAGAAUUAGAGGAACUAGAGCUAUGAAUGAGCUGUACUCUCACCAGAAUACUUUGCUUGUGAUCUUUCUCACCUUUCUCUUAUUCCCCCCCCCCUUGUUAUUUUCU